AUGGCCAAAGCGGCAGCCUCUUCGCCGCUAGAGGACUUAGACCUGAGCGGAGAGGAGGUUCAGCGGCUCACCUCCGCCUUUCAGGACCCGGAGUUCCGGCGAAUGUUUUCCCAGUACGCCGACGAGCUCACGGACCCCGAGAACCGGCGGCGCUACGAAGCAGAGAUCACCGCGCUGGAGCGUGAGCGCGGUGUGGAGGUGCGGUUUGUGCACCCCGAGCCUGGCCAUGUGCUGCGCACUAGCCUGGACGGGGCGCGGCGCUGCUUCGUGAACGUGUGCAGCAACGCGCUGGUAGGCGCACCCACCAGCCGGCCAGGUUCCGGGAGCGCAGCGGACGGUAGCCUGUGGUCCCUGCCCUAUAGCCUGGCGCCCGGCCGCGAGUACGCAGGACGCCGCGGCAUCCGCUACACAGUCUACGACGUGGUCUUCCACCCAGGUGCGCUCGCGCUGGCUCGGCGCCACGAGCGCUUCCGCCAGAUGCUGGACGCCACGGCCCUGGAGGCCGUUGAGAAGCAGUUCGGCGUGAAGCUGGACCACAGAAAUGCCAAGAUGCUGAAGAUCAAGUACAAGGGGACCCCGGAGGCCGCCGUGCUGCGCACACCCCUGCCCGGGGGUGUCCCGGCCCGGCCCGAGGGGGAACUGGAGAGCCCUCUACCUGAUUUUCCCUACCCUUACCGGUGCCCGGUAGCCGCUGGGAACUCUGCAGGGCCCAAGCCCCGGGCUCCCUCCCCUACAGAGGCGGUUCCGCAGCCGGCCCCCACCGAGCCUCGCUACAGUGUGGUGCAGCGCCACCACGUGGACCUCCAGGAUUACCGCUGUUCCCGGGACUCGGCCCCCAGCCCGGUGCCUCAGGAGCUGGUGGUUACCAUCGAGCUGCCGCUGUUGCGCUCGGCAGAGCAGGCGGCGCUGGAGGUGACGGGAAAGCUGCUGUGUCUGGACUCGAGGAAACCCGACUACCAGCUGCGGCUCUCGCUCCCGUAUCCAGUGGACGACAGUCACGGGAAGGCGCUGUUCAAUAAGGCCCAGCGACAACUGGUGGUCACACUACCCGUGGUGCAGUCCGCGGCGCGCCGGGAGCUGGCUGCGGCGCCGGAAGAGUCCACCGACCCGUCCGGAACUGACGGCGCUGCCUGCACUUCCGCUCUCGAGGGGCAGACGGGGCCCGCUGGGGGCCGCGCAGGGGACCAGCACGAGGAUCCCAGCCGAGUUGGGGCUGCAGACGCCGGGAUCACCACUCCGGACGUCGCCGAGGAGGAGCCUGUCUCCGAACUGGAGAAACGGGACUUGGGCGUGCAAACGCUGUCGACUACCAACUUUGGGGAAAAACCGCUUCCCGGAACAGGGAGCUCACCUGGAGUGGGUGGCAGAGUGCCCCCUUGUAUUUUAGCCGAGGACCUAGACAGAGGGUCUUCUGCAGGAGGAAGGAGUGCGUGCGGAGAUCUCAGCGUUGAGCCCCGCGUGGCCCGGGAAGACACGGGCAGGGAGCCUUCUGAUCCAGCCAUGAGUGGUCCCGGGACAGACAGCGGGGGACCUCUGUGUCCUCCUUUGCAGUGUAAUCAGGAUGAAGAGUCUCUGACUGUGCUAAUUCAAGUGCCUCGGAUCCAGCCGCAAAGUCUUCAAGGGGAUGUGAGCCCCCCUCGGUACAAAUUGUGCUUCUUCACCCAAGAUUUAGUUUAUUAUUCCUUCGUUUUGCAGUUUGCUCCAGAAAAUAAAUUGAGUAUCAAAGAACCAGUGGUUAGCAUUUCUUCAAACAAUGCAGUGAUAGAACUGGCCAAAUCUGCAGGGUGCUAUGGAUAUUGGAGACAGUGGUAUUAUGGUUUAAACCACGAUUCUUUGGAGGAAAGGUUAUUUGUAAAUGAAGAAAAUGUUAAUGAAUUCCUUGAAGACGUCCUGACCUCUCAGUUCCAACAGACAAUGCCCCUAACCCCACCUUCAAUUGAAGUCCUUCAGGUUACUGAUAGCAAGAUUCAAAUUCAGGCAAAGUUGCGAGAAUGUAAUAACUCUGAGCAGCUUCAGGAAAAGGAAGAAAGAGGCAAUGAAGGAAGUCAUCUCACUGAAAAAGAAAAUACAGAACAUCCUACCACCUCAACAACUAAUUCUGAUUCAUCUAUAGCAGUCAAAGUACUAGAAAUAGACAGUUGUGGUUCCGUUGAAUACUGGCAACAAGAGUCUCUUGAUGUUUCCCAAAUGCUACUUGGAAAGUGUCAGCAACCUGAGUCAAAAAUGGAACCUGAAUUUAUAAAAGAAAAAAGUGCUGUUUACUCCAAUGAAGAGAAAGAUAAUUUAAAAGAACCAGUAAUGACUGAACAUAAAGAAUUAACAGUUCACAAUAUACCUGGCUUUGACAACAUAAAAGAAACCAAUAUGCAGGAUGGUAGUGUGCAGAUUAUUACAGAUCAUGUGACUCAUUGUGCAUUCAGUUUUCAGAAUUCUUUGCUAUACGACUUGGACUAAUUCUAUAUAAUUUUAGAAUUUAAAAGUUUAAGAAUAAAAAAAUUUUGGACUUAGUAUAAAUUCUGUUUCUGUUGACUACUGUCUUAAAACCAAAGAUAUUCAAGAAAGUAUAUUUUGGGUUUAAAAUACAUUCUCUGUUCACUUUUAAAACUGAAGAUUUUCAAGAAAUUAAAAUUUGCAAUUUUGAUUCUAAUGGGAAAAUUGGAAAUUUUUUUUUUGCACAUAUAAUUUAUAUACAAUUUCCUUAAGUUUUGUGGUUCCUCUGAUAGAUGUUAUGUUUUUUCU